AUGGCAACUCUAUAUACGUGUUCUCCGAGAGGUUUGACCUCUCACAAGUUCUGGGAUGAGUCUGAAGAGACCGUCUGGUCCGUUGUGGCCUCAAUUCCUCCCCCCUCGCCUCCCCAAGUCGUUGCUCCUAUGGAGCAGGAGCCUUGCGCCAAUUUUUCUUAUGUAAGGGUGCUGAAGGUAGUAGAGGCUGCCAGAGAGCACCUCCUGGGAGGCCUAUAUGGUCACCUCCCCCAUUGCGAGCUGGACUGGUCCCUGGAUGAUGAUAAGCCUCGUUGCCGUGUUGUGGGGAUGGACUGUUAUGGGAUGUCUUUCACGAGGCCAGAAAGCCUCAAAAGACACCUUCUGCGUGCGCACACUAAGCACGAGGCCCAACUUGCCAGGGAGUGGGUUGAGGCUCCUUCCUCCUCCCCUCAGCCAAGCCCUUCUCUUCAUCAACCACCGACUCCAAUUGCUCCUGCCCUUGAGAUGGACUUUGUGGAGGUUGGUGGAGAGUUGGAAGCAGAAAGAGCCCUGGAUACCUCGCAAUCUGCUGUUGCUGCUGAGUCUGGGAUUCCCAUCCCAUCUAGCAAAAGGAGUUUUGCCCCUGCUGAGAUUCCAGACAUGGGAGAGGAGAGGGAAAGCGCUCCCCGACUACCACCACAUUUGCCAACUGCGCCUGGUUGGAUGAUCAUGUUCAAGGUGCCUCAGUGGAGGAAGCGCCUUAUGCUUGGAACUCUUGUCCAAGUCUUUACUCAAUUCACUGGAAUCAAUGUCAUUGGUUACUACCAAACCAUUAUGUACGAGAAGCUCGGAAUCAACGGAAAGACAAAUCUUCUGGUUGCAGGCAUUUACAACUGUACCGGUCCCCUUGCGAAUCUGUUUUUCAUCACAUUUAUCUCUGAUAGGAUCGGCCGUAAGAGGCCUCUCAUCUAUGGCAUUAUUGCUAUCACCAUUGCUCUCAUCCUAGAGAGUGCGGUCAACUCUCAGAACGUCGAUGGUUCACACCGUGGUCUGAGUAUUGCCGGAGUUGCCUUCUUAUUCUGUGUCACAAUCAUCUUCUCGCUAUCGUUUGGUCCUGUAUCAUGGACGUACAUGUCUGAGGUUAUGCCAUAUCAAAUCCGUGGAAAGGGUUGCGCAUUCGCCACAGGUAUCGGCAACUGGCUAGUGAGCACAUUCUGGAACCAAGUCAGUCCCUUUGCCCUCGAGGAGCUUGGCUGGAAGUUCUAUUUUCUCUUUGUUGCUUUCAAUCUCGUCAUCACACUGCCCACCCUUAUCUUUGCUUUUCGGGAAACGAAGGGACUAUCUCUUGAGGAGAUUGAUCUCAUGUUUGGUGAUCGGGCUCUUGGAAACCUUCCUGCUGAUAUUGAGAAGGACGGUGGUGUCAUUGCUGUGACAAAUACCCAUGAUGAGAGACCUCGCCAGGAACUUUGA